GGGAAGUUUGAACGUUAAAAUGUUCGUUGUUGUUUACCGUAGAGUUUCCUCAAUUUUUGGUUUCUGAAAUCUCUUUUAAUCGGAAAAGGUGCAAAAAGUCGAUUUUUCCGUCGUUAUCAAUUGUAAAGCAGGCGCUGGAAAGAGUGUUGCAGAAAUCAUGGCCACGGUUAAUGGAAAUGCAAGUCCGUUUCGUCCAAAGUUACACAAUGCCAAGAAGUUCCUGUCUCUUCAACUGUCACAAACAAGUCAGGCAAUUUCUGCUGAAUUUAAUCACAUGCUUCGCAGUCAGACUCUAGCCAGAAAGAGGAAAAAGGUCAUCAGUGAGAUUUUUUCCACAGAAAAGACCUAUCAGGAUCAUUUGCAUGCCAUAACAUCACAAUUUCUUGCACCGCUGCAAGUUGCAAGCAUCUUGCCACCAAAUGUACUCAACACAAUCUUCUCGAAUGUGGAGUCAAUUCAAGCAGUGAACAGGGAGCUCUUGAGUCAUAUGGAAACAUCAGGCCUUGGAGAUGCCUUUUUAGCCUUAGCACCAUUCAUUAAACUUUACAGCACCUAUGCCAACAAUUUUGCUAAAGCACAGGCUACCCUGCAGGUACAAACUAUUACUUGAGAGUCUUCUGAACAAAACUCCAAAAGACCAUCCUGAUUUUGAGAAACUACAAGAAGCUACAACUGAAAUCAACAAGGUCGCACAUCACAUCAAUGAGAACAUUCGACAAAGGGAAAACUUCCAGAAAAUGCUCUCCAUUCAGAACUCAUUGACAGGGGAAGGAGCCCCGAAAAUCCUUGCUCCAGGGCGGCUCUUUAUCAAAGAAGGACCACUUUUGAAGGUGUGUAGCCGAGGGUCACAGGAAAGGAUGUUUUUUCUUUUUUCCGACAUCCUCCUCUAUGCCAAGAAAAGUGGCUCACUGGAUAAAGAUCAGAGCUCGUACUUAUGCCGUCGCGUUUUACCAUUGAUCGACUGCGAACUGGAACAAGUCUUAGGUGGAACGAUUGAAAACGACGAAAACGCCGGUGCAGGAGCCCUGUUUAAGAUAACUUGUAAAGAUAAAUCCCUGCUGUUGUUCUCCAAGUCAAGAACCGAAGCAAUGACGUGGUUUCGAUCAAUUCGCGAUGCAAUAAGUGACCUCAAGAGCUGCCGGGCCUCCUUACGAAAGCCGAAUAGAGAAGAUUACGAACUUCCGAAGCGGUCUACUCCUUUGACUCGAUCCGUGGCGAAAAAGGCGCGUUUGGGAUUAAGUAUCAUCCGACAGGAUUCGGCCGCUGCUGAUUGUGCCAGUCCUGCAGUAUGCAUCAAAGACAGCCUUUACCCCCUGAGGAAAGAGCUGCUGAACAAGCCAACGCCUUCUCGGUCGACAAAACCAGGCGCUCGAAAAACGCCUAAGAAUGGGAGAACGCCAAGCAGCACACCGAUAACACGAGCUCGAAGUAAAGAGACUGUAAUUAACUCUCCGUGGCUGAUUACUGAUGGUGCAGCAGAUGAUAAAAAGGCGAAUAACAAUUGUGCAAACACAGAUGAACUUAAAAAAAAAUAUUGCGGGGAAACGGGAGAGAUGAAAGAAACUGAGGGUGGUGCAAGCGCUGUGCAGAGCUGCAUAAAGACGCGUGGACAGAAGAGGAAAUUUCCUUUGAAAGAGAAUCUAGAAGUCGAUCUCUUCUCGCCGAAUGAGGCGGCCAAGAAGCGUUGCCUUAGACCCAAACUGACCGAAAUGUCUUGUGUCCAUGCAGUUGAGUCUCCUCUUAGGAGCGCGUUUGACCACGUGAAGCAAACACCAGCUAAACUCAGAACAACAAAGUACGUGGUGGAGGAUGAGGAUCUCGUGCAGUCCACAGCUUGUGUUGUUAUGUGAAACAAGCUUAAUUGAAGCCGGCCAUUUUGGCCAGCCAUUGAUGUUUUCAGAACGACGCGGUUAUUCGUGUUUAGCGAUACAAGCAUACGUGCCUUUCGUACGGUAGAAGUUUCAUUUUCUUUGGGGGUUCGGUUUUAGUUAUCUAUUAAGUCAGUUGUAAAAAUGAUAUCUCGAUCAAAUUUUGUUGUAAAAAUGGAAUGUCCUCUUUUGAGGAAUUGGGGGCCUCACGAUUGUAAACCUGAUUUUAUCUUGUGAGAUUGUAAAAUGACUUUUAGUUAUUUACAAUAAGGUAGAAAUUACAUGGGAUUUUUUAUUUUACCAGCUUACGUGCAAAUAUUAGAUAGUGCAAUACUGGCAAUCAACUGAUUGUCGAAAGUUAUCCGGGCUUGCUCGGUGUUUCAUAACUUUGUUAUGUGAUUGGUCCAGAAAACUCGUGACUUGAUCACCAGCGUUUCCCGCGCUUCAAGCAGUUUGCGUAAUUUCAAUGUGAGUUCUCAUUGGCCAAUGAUAAUGCAAAGCUUUAUUUUAUUGGUCGCUGUGGUUACUUUAGUUUUUCGCCACUCAUUCAAAGACUGCACCAAUGGAAAUAUUGUAUCAUUAAUUAGUUCUACUUAUUUUGUGUGAUUUUCUGAGCUUAAGGCCUGAAAUCACUAAGAGAUCAAAAACUUUAAUCCAGCGAAAGGACCAUUUAGUAAAUUAUGAACGUAAUAGCACCAAUAAAUCGAUGAUUUUUUUUAAGAUA